AUGCCUCUUGGGGUGGACGAUGAUGAUCUCGAAGCCGCCAUCGGCAUGUACAAUUUCCGAGCAAAGCAUGGGACUAGGACUGCACAUUCGCUACAGCGGCAAUCUCCAGAAACGGGCUCUCGCCUACCAUUGGCGAUAGGACCAUCGCAUCAUCGCGAUGUGUCGUGUGCUCGAGGAGAGGAGCACGCAGAGAAAGAGUCACAGCAGCUCAGUCCCGUCCAAGAAGAGCAACCCAACAGCCGCUUUGGUUCGCCGGUCACCAUUCAUACCUCCUCGCCACGGCCUAAAGCAAAUGCCCGUACUCCGAGGGAAGGCAAAGGCGAUACGACGUACUACAGUUUUCAAGGUGGCAGUGACGAGAUACAGCCUCGAAAACUAAUCCACAGCACUUCUCUCCCUCCCAUUCCAUCCCGCCAACCUUAUUACUCCAAGCCAACUCUCCAACGUCAGCAUAUGCCUUCACAGAAUAUCUGGCGCCGGCAAUUCGGCUGGGCAGACGUAUUCGAGCAGGAGCUGCGGGACCUCGACGUCAAGCCCGCGUGCAUACCGAAGGCGAGAUCUGCUAAUAAGGCUUCCCAUAUUCGGACCCUGUCGGAUCUGUCAUCGACGAGUUCGUCGCUGCCCCAAAUUCAAAAAGGGGUCUCGAGUUUCUGGAAACCGAAGAGAGAUCUGUAUUCACACGACUCGACUUCCUCCGCUUCAAGUACGCAGGAUGACAUCGAUUCCCGGGAACCUGCCACCAGAGCUGAUGUACCACCACGGCAUACGGAGAAAAGAUUGACUCGCUUUGAAUGGCUGUUCAGGAAGCUUCCGGGUGGUAGUGAUCAUGUCGGUAUUGGUCCUGUUGAAGAGGCUGGUCAAGAUGAUCCAGGACACGGGGCUAGGGAUAGGAAAUUGAGGGCUUGA